GAGAGAACAUGGCCGAUCUGUCAGAGGACCGAUGAGGAAAAGACAAGACCAGAUUCAAAGCCAGUCGCUUUCGCGUCGUUUCUGCUCUCACCUCAUCGCCGCGGACGAUAAUUUAGAAGAUGAGCGGGCUGCCCGACGGAACGGUAAACGGCCCUACCCAGAGUAACCACCUUGGGAUAGAUGCUCAGGUUUGGGAGAGACCCUGGAGUCUCGAAGAGAUCCGCCAAACCAGUGCAAAUUGGUCCCUGGCAGCAGACUCAGGGCUCUUCCUGUUCCUGCAAGACUUCUCCCAGAGAAUGCUUUCAAAGACCCAUGAGAUCGAAAAGCAGCUGGAUGGUCUUAUUCGUGACACAAAAGCCACAGACAGCUGCUUGCACUCCGUUUUUAAUGACUUCCUCAUGCUUUCCAACACACAGUUCAUAGAAAAUAGAGUGUAUGAUGAAGAGGUGGAAGAUACUGCACCCAAAGCUGACACUGUGGAGAAGCAGCCUGAGCAAGAGAAGACCCGAGAGCAGAAAGAGGCAGAGUUGAUUCCUAAGAUGCAGGAAGCGGUGAACUUUGGUCUGCGGGUGCUCGACUCUGCAUUUGAGCAGUUGGAUAUCAAAGCAGGAAACUCGGACUCGGAGGACGAAGAGGCCACAGACAAACUGGAGGCCAUAUUGGAACCCAAGGACCUUUAUGUGGACAGGCCGCUACCAUACCUUAUUGGCUCCCAGGCUUUCAUGGAGCAAGACGAUGUUGGACUUGGUGACCUCUCCAGUGAUGACAUGUCCAUUGACAGUGAUCAAGACAGUGUAAUUGAGAGCGAAGACAGUAAAGACGCCAUUCAGUCAGAUGAGGAGUUCGGUCAGGAGGAUGAGGAUCACAGCAGUGUUAAGAAGAAGUCGUCUGUGCUAAAUUAUGAGGAGGAGGAAGAAGACGAGGAGGAGGAUGAAGAUUCUGACAUAUUUGGAGAGUCAGACAAAGAGGAUGAUGAAGAUGACAGAAAGAACAGAGGCUCAUCGUCAUUUGCUGAUGAGCUUGCAGCCCGCAUCAAAAGUGAACCAGUUGGCAAGCAGGAUGAAGAUCGCACAUCAUUGACAUCUAAGAAGAAAGGUAAAGGCAAGAAAGAGCCAAAGCCUGCAAGGCCAGCCGCAGCUGAAGAUGACAGCGAUGAUAUGUUUAAACCACCCAAGAUGGAGGAUGAUGACUUCUCUCCAUUUGGAGGCAAAAGCGGCCUCUUCAGUGGAGGGAAAGGCCUGUUCGACGAUGACUUUGAGGGGGAUCUUUUCUCUGAGGCACCGAAACCUCCCAUGUCCGAAGAAAAAACAAAAAGCACCACUCUAACAUCAAAAUCUAGCCAGCCGGGAAAGAAGAUUCCAUCAGGCGCUGUUUCAGUACACCCAGAUAACGGCCUCUUUGGUUCAGACAAUGAGUCCGAUUCAGUUAGAAGCAAGAAGAACGGGACUUCAGUCCAACCAAAAGUGGCAGCCGCGAAACGGGUCCCAACGGGAGUUGGUGGGCUGUUUGACGAAGAUGAUGACGAGGAUGACUUCUUCAGUGACAAAAGUGUGAAAAACUCCUGCUCAGUGUCUGGGCAGGAGACAUCCAAACCAAAGAAGACUGUGGAUCUUUUUGCCGAAGACGAUGAGGACAGUGAGGUUGUGGACAUAUUCAGUGAGAACUCCAGAGCCGAGACCAAGAAGGAGGUAGAGGACAAGCAAGCUAAACCCCCUGAGAAGAAGAUGCCAGCAGGAGCAGUAUCUUUGUUUGGAGCAGAUACUAAGAGCAUCCUCACCGAGGGCCUGAGAAAACGCCAGCCAUCUACCAGUGAGGAGUCAGAAGAGAAUGGGCCUCCUCCAGAUGUCGUGAAGGUCCCUGCUAAGCAGAUUCAGAAACCCCAGACCAGAGGCCUUUUCUCAGAUGAUGAAGAUUCACAAAUGUUUCCAACCAUCCCUAAGAGCCAGUCUAAGCCCGAAUCCACAAGCCAGGCCAAAGUCAGCAAAGCUCCUCUUUCCAUAUUUGAUGACGAUGAUGAAGAGGAGGAUCUGUUUGCAUCUGUAGCAAAAUCCAAACCAAAACCCACCCAAGGUAAAGCUUCCACACCGCAGCCUAAGACUUUACCUAGCUCCCUCUUCAGUGAUGAUGAGGACCAGUGGUUGAGCUCCAAACCCAGUGAAGGAAAGCCAGCAACCAAGGCUGGAGGAAUGAAGCCAAGUGCCAGUGCCCCCUCCACCCUGCCCAGUGGUAAAACAUCCCAGAAGGGCUGCCUCUUUGACGAUGACGAAGAUGAUGACCUUUUUGCAACAAAACAGUCAAGUCAGAAGAAGCCUCAGAGAGUUGCUCUCUUAUUUGAAGAUGAGGAUGAUGAGGACAAGGGAUCCCUGUUUGGUUUCAAACCUGCUGCCAGCACCACUGCUGUAGCCCCAGCUGCGAAAACCUCCCUCGUGGCCUCCCCAGCCCUGUCACUGUUUGACUCGGAGCAGCCAGAGGAGGUGGAAGCCUCUCGGAGAGUAGAAGAUGGCGAGCCUUUCGAGCAGGAGACGUCAACGGCCAAGAGCCCUGAGGCGCAAGCCCCUUCCUCACCAUCAGAGGGCGGCGAGACUAAACGAACGCCUGUGGGAGCUGUCAGCUUGUUUGGAGGCGCCAAUGUGUUGGCCAACGAGCAGACCAAGAGCGCACUGGGGGAGGUGGUCAAAGACGAUGAACUGCUGUCUAAGGAUGACACAUCACUUCCCAAGAAGAAGGAGGAGGAGGAGGAGAAGAAGGAAGAAAGAGUAAAAGCAAAGACUGUCAGUCUUUUUGAUGAUGAGGAAGAGGAGGAGGAGGAAGAUGAUGCUGACUGGAACGCUUCCAUUUCUGUAACCAGUAAACCCGGUGCCAGAAGCACACUCAAGCCUGCAGAGGAGCGGCCACGCACAAAGAGCACGGGUGUGUUCCAAGAUGAGGAGCUGCUGUUCAGUCAGACGCAGCAGAAGGACAAUGACCCAGAUGUAGACCUCUUUGCCACCUCAGGAAAAGCUGCGAGUACCAAGCCCACCACGGUGACACCAGAUGCAACCAGUCUGUUCGCUGAUGAUGACGGGGACGACUUCUUCAGUUCCGUCAAGCCCAAAGCUCCACCUCCGAAAGUGGCAGAAAAACCCAGCAAACCUAAAGACAAAGCACCUCUGAAACUCGAAAGCUCUGAAUUGGCAACAGGAAGUGAGAAACCUGCAUCGAGCCCCGUAAAACCCAAAGAGCCCUCAUCAAGAGUUGGAAAACUUCAAGCCAGCCUGGUGAUCAAUCCCAGUGCUUUGCUUCCUGGUGCUGUGCGGAAUAUCCCAGGGGCUGUAGGUGUACUCCCAGGCUUAGCACCUGGUUCCUCGUCGGGGGUGUCCAGCUCGAGCCUGACUCCCAGCCCUGUCACUAACCCCUUGGGAUCCCAGGCGGGCAGCGAGGUGGGGGUCAGCUUUGACUCUCCAGUCACGGACAUCACUACAUUGCAGAGUGCGAACAGGAGUCGUACCAAAGGUUCUGUGCACCGGAGGCCCCAGUCUAGAACAGCCAGGCAGUUGGCAGCCCAGAGAUCUGUGGAGAGAACGGAAGAGAGCUGGGAAGACGACAGGCUGAGGUCAAACCCGAGUCUGUUUGAUCAAACCUUGCGUAACCCAGGCCAUGCUAGCCAGACCCUGACCAGUUCAGCACCGCUUAACUCUGCUACAACCACUUUGCCUGAAUCCGGACCUUCUCUACCUUCUUUGACUGAAGUGUCCUCUAGACCCUCUGACCUUACAUUGCCAGUGUCUACAAACAAUGAAAAGAAAGACUCUCCUAAAGAGAGCAGUAGCGCUCGACUACCACUGUCGUCUGACGAGGAUGACCUGUUUGGCUCUGACAGCCUCUUUGGUGCCACCCAAAGCACUAAGCCUACCGCGCCCUCCUCCAAGCACAUAAAUAAAGCGUCACAAGAUCAGGCCAGUGGUGGUACAACAAUAAAGAAAGAGAAAAGUACACUUCCCUCCAUUUUUGAUGACCCUGAGGACAACCUUUUCCAGAAGGUCAAGCCAAAAUCAACUACAAACAAAGCCAAGGUCUCCUCCUUCAUGGUAGAUGACGAUGAUGAAGAAGACCUCUUUGGAAUGAGCAACAGCUCCACCCCAGUAUCCAGAGCCAGUAAGGAUACUGAGACCAGCGGUGGUUUUACCAAGAAGGACAUCUUCCAGAAUGAAGUAGCCACAGCACCUAAAGCGCACAAGAAGCAAAAAGAUAAGCCCCUCGAUGCCAGCUUAUUUGAUGACAACGUCGACAUUUUUGCUGACCUGACAACCUCUUCAAGACCAAAAGAGAAGAUCAGGAAGAAGAUGGAGACCAAGUCCAUCUUCGAUGAUGACAUGGAUGACAUCUUCUCAUCAAGUACAGUAAAACCAGUGACAAAGGCUCCCACUAAAUCUAAGAAAACCCCGCCCUCCCACGACAGCAGUGCAGCGACGGAUUCGGGCAACAUUUUUGAUGAUCCACUUAAUGCUCUUGGGGGGAACUGAACUGUUUUUGAUGAUCUGUAUUUGAUUUGUACAAUUGUGCAGUCAUUCUUUUGUCAUUUGAAAGGCAUGAGGUUUGAAGAUUCGGGAAUAACACUGUUGAUAGACUAUUUAUAUGAAUACUGUGGCUUAUUUUUGGAAAGGAAAUUUAAAGGAGCAGAUGAAAGUGAUUCUAAUCAACCUAACAGCAUUUCCAAAAUCAUCUCAGUAGCUGAUCAGAAUAUGUAAUACUUAUCAAGCAAUGUUUGUCUUAAUUUAAUAUACAUAAUAGCACUUUAUAAGCAUACUGUAUGCUUAGCCUUGAGGCCUGCAGAAAUUUACAGUAAAUGGUUUAUUUUCACGAUGCCCUUUGUCUGUCCAUUGGCUUUGCCAUGUUGAGAUUUGUGCCAUAUCAAGGUAAUGAGAUAUCAAUGUGUUACUUACUGCACUAGGUAUUUUGACAAUGUUUUUAUUAAUCUGAAAUUCAUCCAUUUCUUAACUUUGGCUGUGAUGUAAAGGAAAUUCAUUUUUAACUAAAGAAACAUUUUAUGCUA